AUGGCGACGCCUAAUUUGUUAAAGAUUUUCCUCCACCCUUCCCACAUGUCUUUCUGGCAGAACAAGGGGUCCCUGCAGUUUGAGGACAAGUGGGACCUGAUGCGGCCCAUCGUUCUCAAGCUGCUAAGACAAGAGGCCGUCACCAAGCAGCAGUGGUUCGACUUAUUCUCUGAUGUCCAUGCUGUGUGUUUAUGGGACGAUAAAGGUCCUGCCAAAAUCCACCAAGCCCUUAAAGAAGACAUCCUCGACUUUAUCAAACAAGCACAAACUCGUGUGCUGAGUCACCAAGAUGACACGGCUCUGCUGAAAGCCUACAUCGUGGAGUGGAGGAAGUUCUUCACGCAGUGUGACAUCCUGCCCAAACCCUUCUGUCAGCUGGAGAUUACACUGAUGGGGAAACAAGGCAGCAACAAGAAAACAAACAUGGAGGACAGCAUCGUACGCAAGCUAAUGCUGGACACAUGGAACGAGUCGAUAUUCUCCAACAUAAAAAGCCGCCUGCAGGACAGUGCAAUGAAACUGGUGCAUGCAGAGAGGCUGGGAGAGGCCUUUGACUCCCAGCUUGUUAUAGGUGUACGUGAAUCAUAUGUCAACCUGUGCUCUAACCCAGAGGACAAGCUGCAGAUCUACAGGGAUAACUUUGAGAAAGCCUACCUGGACUCCACAGAGAGGUUCUACAGAACACAGGCGCCGUCCUACCUGCAGCAGAACGGUGUCCAGAACUACAUGAAAUACGCUGAUGCAAAACUCAGAGAGGAGGAGAAGAGAGCACUUAGAUAUCUAGAGACACGUCGUGAAUGUAAUUCUGUUCAAGCACUUAUGGAAUGUUGCGUUAACGCUUUGGUGACCUCGUUCAAGGAGACAAUCUUAGCCGAAUGUCCAGGAAUGAUCAAACGCAAUGAGACCGAGAAGCUGCACCUCAUGUUUUCACUAAUGGACAAAGUUCCCAGUGGGAUCGAUCCCAUGCUAAAAGACCUAGAAGAGCACAUCGUCAAUGCUGGACUGGCAGACAUGGUGGCCUCCGCUGAGACUAUCACUACAGAUUCUGAGAAGUAUGUGGAGCAGUUGCUUACAUUGUUUAACCGCUUCAGUAAACUGGUGAAGGAGGCUUUCCAGGACGACCCUCGCUUCCUCACUGCAAGAGAUAAGGCUUAUAAAGCCGUCGUGAACGACGCAACAAUCUUCAAGCUGGAGCUGCCUUUGAAACAGAAAGGUGUUGGUAUGAAGACUCAGCCGGAGUCAAAGUGUCCCGAGCUGCUGGCGAACUACUGCGACAUGUUGCUGAGGAAAACCCCCCUCAGUAAGAAACUUACCUCUGAAGAAAUUGAGCUCAAACUCAAAGAAGUGCUCUUGGUGUUGAAGUACGUCCAAAACAAAGACGUGUUCAUGCGUUACCAUAAGGCUCACCUGACCAGGCGACUGAUUCUGGACAUUUCAGCCGACAGCGAGAUUGAAGAGAACAUGGUGGAGUGGCUGAGGGAAGUAGGAAUGCCUGCUGAUUAUGUGAACAAACUGGCCAGGAUGUUUCAGGACAUCAAGGUCUCUGAGGACCUCAAUCAGGUUUUCAAGGAGAUGCAUAAACACAACAAGCUGGCUCUACCAGCGGACAGCGUGAACAUUAAGAUCCUGAAUGCGGGAGCCUGGUCACGGAGCAGCGAAAAGGUUUUUGUCUCUCUGCCAACGGAGCUGGAGGACCUCAUCCCAGAGGUGGAGGACUUCUACAAGAGGAAUCACAGCGGCCGUAAACUCCACUGGCAUCACCUCAUGUCCAACGGCAUUAUUACUUUCAAAAACGAAGUUGGCCAAUAUGACCUGGAGGUAACGACGUUCCAGCUGGCGGUGCUGUUUGCCUGGAAUCAGAGGCCCAGAGAGAAAAUCAGCUUUGAGAACCUCAAACUGGCCACAGAGCUACCUGAUGCAGAGCUGCGCCGAACACUAUGGUCUCUUGUUGCUUUUCCUAAACUGAAGAAGCAAGUCCUGUCGUAUGACCCCUCAGUUAGCUCGCCCAAAGACUUCACAGAUGGCACGCUCUUCUAUGUCAACCAGGAAUUCUCGCUCAUUAAAAACUCCAAAGUUCAGAAGAGGGGAAAGAUCAAUUUGAUUGGUCGUCUUCAGCUCACGACGGAGCGAAUGAGAGAAGAGGAGAAUGAAGGAAUCGUUCAGCUCAGAAUACUCAGAACUCAGGAGGCUAUAAUCCAAAUCAUGAAGAUGAGGAAGCGCAUUAGCAAUGCUCAGCUGCAGACGGAGCUGGUGGAAAUCCUGAAAAACAUGUUUUUGCCUCAGAAGAAGAUGAUAAAGGAGCAGAUCGAGUGGCUCAUCGAACACAAAUAUAUAAAGAGGGACGAAUCGGACAUCAACACCUUCAUCUACAUGGCCUAGACACAGAGGAAGGAGUUGCAUUCCUGUCGUUUUUCUUUUACCGCUGGCCUGCCACUGGCGCUUUAUGAUCCUGGAGAGGAGGGGAACAAGGAGUAAAAGGAGGUGUCCAAAAUAAGGGAGAGGCCUGAGGAUGGAUGCGGAGGAUGAAGGGACAAGGUUGAGCCUUUUCAACAAAAGUGUGGAUGUUUUUUUCUGUUCACGUGACGCCAGUGUGUUAUCGGAGUGUCAUUUAACGAUGUAGCGUUGAGUCAUUGGGCUGUCUGUUUGUAUUUGCUGCCCUCUAGUGUCCGAUCUGAGGAGACGCACACCAGCGUGGCCCUUUGGCCAGCAGCUCAGAAGAAAAACAAAAUAGUAACAUAUUAAAAUUUAAAGACUUCCUGCCUUACCGUCCUCAGCAGGGAGCUGCAGAAGAGAAGGUGGGACAUGUGCAGCGAAGGGAGGACAAAGGUAACAGGCUGCUAUCAGUUUAUUGCUUUCUCUCGACGCCUCAGCUGCCGUCUCCACGGCGGCCGUCUUGCAUCCCUCCAAUUCCCUAUUGCUCUUGUGGAAAGCAGAGAACUGCAAGUCAAAAUUGCCAAUGGAGGAGGAGCGGUAAAGGACAAGUUCAGAGUACCGAGGAGUAUUUUUGCCAAAUUGGGUGUGUGUGUCUGUGUGGUGUGUGUGUGUGUGUGUGUGUGUGUGUGUUUGGGUGCAUGAUGUGGAUCUGUUCUUUUACAUGUGUGUAUCUGUAUGUGCACUUUCAACAGCAUGCUGCUCUAUGAUUAUUAUUUUUUUUCCUUGUAUGGAAAAUCUAUCACACUCUGUGACGACCGUAUGUGAGCUGAUUGAAAGCUGAGGAUCUGCCACUGGUAUAAAGUUGAUAACUGAUUUUCUUCUAUCUCCCUUUGAUUGCAGUUGAGACGGUUUCAACUUAUAGUAUUUGUUGAACAGUUAUCACACUGCAAACUAUUUAUGUGGGGUGUAAGAACCGAUGCUCUGGGCGACAUGAAAUUAAAUUUCAAGAUGGAAAAAUUGAAAUUA